UCUUAACUCUCGCUGCCUGGAGACUUGCCUUUCAUAUCACAUUCCACUCCCCAGGCACGAGUUUCCUGUCUUUACCUCUGCUAGGAGAGUGAUCGCCGGCACCAUCUGUUGAGUUCAACAUCACACUUGGCAUCGAGCUCAACACUUGUAUCCGAUUCUAACCCGUGUUUUCCUGCUACCUCGAGAUGGGAUUAGGAGAAGGACAGUCAAUGAGAAUAGAUAAGGGUUUUUUGAUUCCAAAGGGGAUUUUGAAAUUACUUCAAGUGAUAUGUGGCGCCACCUGUCUCGGCUUGGUUAUUGUCGGUGGUGGAUUCAACAAGAAAUACCACCAGGAUUUUAAAACCGAUGAAUACCGACAAGCACACACCUAUGCGCUAGCGACCCCUAUCAUCUGGUUUGUGACGUCACUGGUGCUCUUUGUUUUGUUUCUGCUCAGCUGCGGCGACAGAUGUGGCGGGAAAUCAUGUUGGAUUCUUAUAGAUCUUGUGUGUGACGCCGUGGCUGCGCUGAUGUAUUUUGCCGCCUUUCUCAUACUCGCCAUAUAUUGCGGUUGGCCGAAACUUGACCACAACCCAAAUUUUACACAGGAAGAACUUGCCGCAGCUUCUGCCGUUGCACUCGCAGCCUGUAUACUCUAUUUGGUAGAAUUGGUCAUCAACAUCCGCGCAAGAAAAUAGUGCAAGAGCCGAGGAGUAGAACCGGAACCAAGUGUUUGCACUGCGCGAGAUCGGAAAUGAAAGACUUGUUUUUUACGAAAUCAUCAUCAUAUUGGUCAGUAAAAUAACUUGAAACGCAAAUCAGUAAAGGCCAGUUGAUAAUUAGGGUUUUUCGCAAAGUCCCCGAAAUGUCCACGUGGACGCCUAUUCCAUUGUUCGCCUUCGUUAUCGGAGGUCAAACAAUGGGAUAGGCGUUCACGUUGGCGUUUCCGGGGAUUUGCGAAAACUUCCUAAUGGAGGAGUCCAAGUAUGGGAACGUUAUUAGAAUAAUCACUUUGUAGUUUCAUACUUAUGUAUCUAAGAUCUAUUCUAAUGUAUUUGCAAAGUAUUUGGCGAUACUACGCAUGGGCGUGGGAUUUUCCUAGCCAGGAGGAUAAUAUCCGCGCUUGACACCAUGCGCCGCCACUGGUAGUACCAAACUGAUAUGCUGACCCCUGAUAACGAUUUUCGCCAGUGUUGCGAGGCAGUUAUCAGGUAGAACUCCCCUCAGCGGACACUAAUUUUGGUCCCAAGUUGGUUAUUUCUAGUAAAUUUGUCCUCUCUAUUAAUCAGGACAUAUCUCUAUUAUUAAGGACACCACCUGCCGGUCUCAAUAGUGUCCUUAAUCGAGAGAUUCUACUGUAUAUCUUAAUAAAAUGUCAACAGAAGUUUUCUAAGAAGUAUUUUUAGUUCA